UCUGUUUGAAAUUUAUAAAUAUUUAGUACUGGGUUAUAUACUGGUUUCUCUGCCUGUCGUUCGCAUUUGCAAAGUGUUGUUACUGUAGUAAACAGGUGUCAAGUAAUCGGAUGUCAAGCAUGUUAUCCGUCAUAAAGAACAUUCAUUAAUCUGUGUGGACUGAGCUGUCGACCGAAGUAGCAGUUCAUUAACUUAAAAUGUCAGCCAUACUCCUAUGGAUUCACGUAGCAUUCAUUUACACGGGCUACGUACUUUCAGACGACAUACCAUGCCAGGAGGGAUCAGCACAACAUACAAACAUAUAUUUUGCCAAUGUUACGAGCAACUUUAACUUCGAGAUAUGGAACAAAAGUAAUCCGUACAACUACUCACUUACAGUGACCUACAAAUGGGAUCUUGAAAUUCCAAGAGAUUUUGUUUUUGAUGGAUUUUUAUACAAACACGUAGAUAGGGAGAAGGAAGAAAAGAAACUAUCGUCACAAAAUAUUGGAUUUGGCUCUCUUUUCGGGAUAUCAUCAUUCGAAAUACAAGGACUUGCGUCAUUGCCAGAGGAUAAAAAAUGUGACAAUAGUAGCGACAAAUCUCUGUGGGCAGUCAACGAUAAUGGUAGUUCAGUCGAGUGUAAAAUUCCAUGUUCCGAGUAUUUUCCACCUCCAUGCCAAUCUAAUGAAGUCUGCUCUAGAAUUAUAGAGGAUGGGUUUUCUACUUUACCCAGAGAGGCUAAUCAAUUGGAAGUUGCGUUGGAGUUUGGACGAAGUUAUGACAUGAAAAUAUUAAUAUAUCGCCAUUGGAAAGUGCUGAAGACAUAUGAAUUUCCUCACAACAAAAUUAUUCGAUUUUGUCGAGAUGAAUUGAUCGACAAACAAAAAUAUGAGCCUGGAUUCGCUGAUGCAUUUUGCGAAAGAGAACAAGACAUGCAAGAAUCGACAUUGAGUGCCGGGCCGAUAUCAUACUUUGAAAUGUAUUCUGUGAACCGUGAUCUUCGAACAAAUCGUGGAAAUGUUGGUUUCCGGUGGAAAGCUCCUAUGGAUAUUUCUAAACGAGUCAAUCUCACCGGAUUCCUGAUCAACACACACAGCGGCCUUGGCCAAGAUAUCGUGAUAAAAGUUGAUCAACAUGAUGUAGAUUUCUUUUACAAAACCUCAGUGAAAAAUAUUGUGUUUGAAAAACCACAUUUGAUAUCAAUUACUCCUAUUCUUACAUUUGAUAUAAACAUAUGUUACAAAAAGUGCAGUAAACACGGUUACAUUCUUUCAAAGGAAUAUACCAUUCCAGAUAUUGAUGCAUGUGAUGAACCGACAAGAUACUGCGAUAUCAUUGCAAACUGCACGGAUCUGCCAAGCCAAAACACUACGUCAGCUAUUUGUUCAUGUCCCAUUGGAUUUAGUGGAAACGGAAUAAAUGACUCCAGGUCGGAAGGAACUGGUUGCCAAAAGAUAAAUCGUUGUAAUUUUUCAAUAGAAAGUUACCCUUGUCAUUCUAACGCAAUAUGUGAAGAUUUUGACUCGACUUCUGAAAGUGUUAUCUGCUCGUGUCCGAAAUAUUAUGUCGGUAAUGGAUACAAAGAAGGAUAUGGAUGUAUGAAGUUAUCUAUUGUGGUGUUUCUUUCAAUAGGAUUACCAUGUAUAUUCAUAUUUCUCAUAAUACUCAUGAUGUUGAUGAGAAGAAUAAAAAUAACAAGAAAAAGAACUAUCAGAAGAAAAUUCUCUAAAUUUGUUAUGACGAGUGAUGCAAAAUAUACAUCACCUGAUUGGUCGAUCAAAUUCAACAACAAUACAAAACAAUGUGGAUUGUUUGGUGAAAAAUAUGAAAUUGAUAGGAAUGACAUCCAGUUCACAGAAAUCAUUGGCCGUGGAAAUUUUGGAGUUGUUCACAAAGCAAUUCUGAAAACCAAGGAAAACGAAUCAAAAGAAGUCGCUGUGAAAACAACAGCAGAGCCCCACACGAUAGAAAUGGAAAUGGAAUUUCAAGCCGAAAUUUAUCUUAUUACUUCACUGAAUAAGCACGCCAACAUCAUGGGAAUGAUUGGAUGUUGCACAAUGGGGAAAUCACCCAUAUACCUUGUUACACAAUUUAUGAAAUAUGGAGAUUUGAAACAUUUUCUAUGGGAUGCAAGAGAGGAAAAAAACAGAGCCCGUGAUCUAAUAUACAAUAUUACUGGAAGGGAUAUUUACAGAAUUGGUGAACAAGUUGCGUGUGGAAUGGAAUACUUAACUGGGUUGAGAUUCAUUCAUGGAGAUCUUGCUGCCAGAAAUGUCUUAGUUGAUGAGGGACUUCAAUGUAAAAUAUCAGACUUUGGACUAACCAAUGACGUCUAUCGGUAUGGUGUUAUAAAAGGAGCGAGAGAGAAGAAAGUACCCCUAAGAUGGAUCAGUCCUGAACGAAUGUUGAAUGGAACAGUUCCAAUAACUUGGAGAAGUGAUGUAUGGUCAUUUGGAAUACUCUUGUACGAAGCCAUCACCCUUGGAUCAACUCCAUACCCUGGAAUCGAAUCGGAAGAUUUGUUGAAAAAAGUUCAAUCGGGAUAUCGGAUGAGUUGUCCGUCAACCUGCAGUCAACAUUUAUAUAACGUCAUGUUGAAUUGCUGGGAGUGGAUACCAUCGAAUCGACCAUCUUUCAAACAACUGAGAGAAACAUUGAAAAUGCCUGUAACAAAACUGAGACAACAUUAUGUUAAUAUAUCGGCUGUUGAGUACAAUUCAUAAUGUAAUCACUCGACGUUUUUAACCUCAACAAUGUGGUUGAGUUUCACAUAACAUUUACGAACAAUUAUUUCAAUACGUUAUUAAUUGCAUGUAACCUGAAAGGAAAGUAGUAGUAAGUGAUAGUCGUAGUUGAUGAAAAACAAAAUCGUUUUAAGAUGUUAUUAUUAUUUUGUUGGUAUUUGUAGCUCAAUAUUUGUUUUACCAAUUGUAGUUGAACAACAAGUAAGCAAACAUGCAUAUUUUAUCUUUCAUUUCUACUGAUAUAUUUUGUAAAGACAUGUAUUCACGGACACAAGGACACACCAUGAUAAGUGGAAAGACGAAACCAUGUGGGAAACUGAGGGCAUAAUGCUUGGACUUGAGGUCCGGCUACGUAUUCAAUUAAAUUGGAUUGAUUUAUUAUAGACUGUCAUUGUACAAUAGUGGUCUUCCUUUUCGUUUUAUGUCUAUGACAAUAUUAUUCUUUUUUACCUGAUCGCUACAGUCAAUACACCAUUUUAUAUUUUGUCUCGCAGCAAACGAAUGGGUUAGAUGAAUUCAAACUCCGAUUUUUGCAAAUUUUUUUCGAGUGGAUAAAUGGAAUAUUUCUCCUAAUAUCUGGAUUGUUGUAUAUCAUUAUUAUCGACCUAUUUUUUGAUCGUUGUUGUUUACGUUUGUGUGAUAAGAUAAACGUGUGUCUACAUAAAUAUUUGUUCUUUGUGUUUUCUGUAUUAUAGCAUGUUGAAAAUAAUUAUGCCGGGGAUGAAGAGAUA